AAAAUCCCAAAUGCCGCUUCUCAUUUUUACUCCUUUUAUUCCCCUCCCUCUCUUUCCCUCACUUCAACCCCAUCUCUCUCUUCUCUUCGUUUCCAAGUCUUCCCCACGUCCUCUUUCUUUCUUUCUCUCUGCAACUGCAACAGGUUGGCUGAAGAGUGAGCGAGGCAAUGGCGGAUCAGGAGAACUGUGUGAGAGUGACAAGGGCCGCGGCCAGGAAGCGAGCUGCCGAGUCGGCGGGAUUGAUCGAAGGGAGAGUCAUGAACAAGAAAAGGGUUGUCUUGGGGGACCUUUCCAACUUGUCCAAUGUCGCUGUCUCUGCGAAUAAAGUUCAGGGGAAGGAAAACAAAAAGAAGCAAGCUAAAGGGAAGCUGAAAUCAAAGACGGAAGUCGCAAAGCCGACUUUGGAGGUGAAAACAGAUGAGGUGUCAGUUGAUAAACCGGUGGAUAUCGAUGCUAAAUCUGUUGACCCACAAAUGUGUGGGUAUUACGUAUCUGAUAUCUAUGAAUAUCUUCGCCAAAUGGAGGCGGAUCCGAAGAGAAGACCUUUACCUGAUUAUAUCGAGAAGGUACAGAAGGAUGUAAGUACAAAUAUGAGAGGGAUUUUGGUGGAUUGGUUGGUGGAAGUUGCAGAUGAAUACAAGCUUGUUUCGGAUACUUUAUAUAUAACAGUUUCCUACAUCGAUAGAUACCUGUCUUUAAAUGCUCUCAACAGGCAAAGGCUUCAGUUGUUGGGUGUAUCUUCAAUGCUGAUUGCGUCAAAGUACGAAGAAAUCAACCCUCCAAAUGUGGAAGAUUUUUGCUAUAUAACAGAUAAUACAUACAGGAAAGAUGAGAUGGUGAAAAUGGAGGCUGAUAUACUCAAGUCCUUGAAGUUUGAAUUGGGCAAUCCUACUGUUAAAACAUUUCUGAGGAGAUUUACCAGGGUUGCACAAGAGGAUUACAAAGAUUCCAGCUUGCAGCUAGAAUGCCUUGGAUGUUACCUUGCAGAGUUGAGUUUGUUGGACUAUGGCUGUGUAAAGUUUUUACCAUCAAUGGUUGCUGCUUCUGUUAUAUUCCUUGCAAGAUUCAUAAUUCAACCUAAGAUGCAUCCUUGGAGCUCUGCUGUGCAAGAGUACUCGGGCUACAAAGCCUCUGAUCUAAAAGAAUGUGUCCUUAUCAUACAUGACUUAUAUUUGAGUAGAAGAGGAGGUGCACUUCAAGCAGUUAGAGAAAAAUACAAGCAGCAUAAGUUCAAAUGUGUGGCAACCAUGCCUGCUUCUCCAGAGAUUCCAGCUUCUUAUUUUGAAGAUGUUCAAGAAGUUGAUGUUUCAUAUGUUGAAGAUGUUCAAAGCUGUUAGAGUUUGACAUAUGCUAUUUCUGAUGUGUAACUUCUAUAGAAGGCCUGAAUGUGGGUGAAAAGAAUAUUUGAACUUAAAAGGGACUGGCACUUGAGCUUGCUAAUUUUUUAUUGGUUGAAGAACUCUCUAUGGGUGUGGCAUCUAUGAUGUAAGCGAUUGUUGGUAGUGAUACUAACUUGGCAAACGUUUUCUCACAUGAGCAGGACUUUAGUAUGUUAAUGAUUCAUAGAAAUCAAUAUUGAAACAUGUUGAUUGACAGAUUGUAAGUAUUUCUUUUGGCUUCUACUGCUUUUGAAAAGUUGAAGAGUCAAUCUCCAAGCUUUGUGGUUAACUGAAUUAUGUGAAACUGUUUUGUUGAUAAAUGGAUGUCAUUCUCUGGAAGCAAUAAAUCUACAUUUACCCUUUCUCUAAAA